AUGAAUGAAAGCUUUCAGCCACAGCAGAUACAGAGAUCCCCCUCUCGCAGCAGCGGUUUGGACCGCUCUGAGUCCAUGCUGUACGGAGGGGGGAGCGUGGGUCAGCUGAACGGUGGGGGGAACGCCUACCUGCCGGACUACUCUGUGAGACAGCUCACACAUCUACAGGUCAUCAAGAUUACCCGGAGCCACUAUCAAAACGCUGUAACAGCCACCAGGAUGGACAGCUCUCCUCAGACACCUGAUGCAGACACCCGUCUGGCAGAAGGCAACUCCCCGACCCCGGAGCCUCCGACAGCAGAGCAUGCCACCGCGCCCAUGCCCCCAGAGCACACCACCACCCUCAUGCCUCCGCCUAGGGAGCUCAGCCGGCCCAGCUCAGCAAGAACCCGAGGACAGCAGUCCAGCAUCCCACACAGCACCUCACUGCUGAACGAGAAAAACCGCAUCGUCCGUGAGUAUUCACAGGUCCGGACAAAAAUGAUGCAGUUGACCAAAACAAACAGGUUAGCUUUAGAUGCUAACACAUCCAGAAGGAAG